AUGGAAAUACGUCAGAGUAUAGAAUUAAUGGCUCAAUCUGCGGAAUUGAAGGAGGAGUACGAUCAAGCCAAACUUGAAAUGCACAAGUUGGAAGAAAAUGCUACUUUCAAUCUUAAUAAAAAGAAAGGUAUUGUUGCUGAACGCAAAGAAGCAAAAAUCGAGAUCGACGAAGCCGAGAGGUAUCGCAAAUUACAGCUAGAUUUGACUAACAAGCGCGUGGAGUUGCACUUGUUCAAGUUAUACUAUAAUGACUUGGAAAUAAAGCGGGUGCGCGAGGAAUUAAAACAACGUGAAGAAGCGCUGGCUGCUGAACAUGAGCAACGCCAGGCUAUUGAAGAGGAAAUGAAAGAAAAGCGUCGUGAACUGGGAAAGAUUAAUCGUGAUCAAUCGUCCGUGGAACAGGAAAUCAAGAAAUGUGAGCAGAAAAUUGGAAAACGGAGGCCAGAAUUCAUCAAGGUUUCUCAGUUAUUGCGCCAUAUUACAGAAAAGCACAAGGAGUCCAAAAAGUCACUUGAAAAUGCCAAACAGUUACACAGUAGUCACCUUCAAGAAAUCGACCAACUGGAAUCGGAAUAUGAGAAAAUAUCAAGUUUAAAACGUGAUUACGAGCAACAACAGACGAAAAAGUCAUUGGAACAAGGCAUUAACUUGGAGCUGGAAGAAACUCAAUUAAGUGAAUACCAUCGUCUGAAGCAAAAAGUGGCGGAACGCACUUCACAUCUGUCCGCUGUGCUGGAUGGGCUAAAUCGGGAAUACAACGAACAAAAGGAUCUGUAUGAUGCGUUAGAUCGUCGCAAAAAUGAAAUCGAGAGCUCCAUGAAGCGCAAAGAAACGGAACUGAACGAAAACAAGAAACGUUUGCAGAAGCUGCAGGAGUAUAUAGAAUCGAGCAAUCGAUCAAUUACGGAACAACGCGAGACGGAAAAAGCCAUUCGCGAAGAAGUAGAGCAAGCAACCAAACGGAUUGACGAGAUCAACACGGAAUUGGAGGCAGUCGUUUGCCAACUGGGCGAGGCCAAAGUCGAACGACACGAGUCCUCGCGUGCGGCGAAAAAACAGGAAUUGAUAGAGAAUUUGAAGCGGCUGUUUCCUGGUGUGCACGGACGUCUGCUUGAAAUGUGUCAGCCCUCACAUCGACGUUAUCAGGUAGCCAUUACCAAGGUUUUGGGGAAAUACAUGGAUGCAAUUGUGUGUGAUAGUGAAAAAACGGCGAAAGAGUGUAUCCAGUACAUGAAAGACCAGCGUAUUGAACCGGAAACGUUUCUUCCGCUGGACUUUUUGGAUGUAAAGCCAAUUGAUGAAAAACUUCGUGAAAUCUCUGAUCCACCAAACGUACAUUUGGUACUCGAUGUAAUCCAAUGUGAUCCGGCUAUUGUGAAAAAAGCAUUAACAUUUGCUUGUGGCAACGCCCUGGUAUGCGAGACUGUGGAACACGCUCGUUAUGUUGCUUACAAUAUGGGCGAUCGGAAGAAGGAGUUUUCUUAUGAGGCUUACUUUGAAAUGGUUUAUUCAUUAGCGCUUGUAGUUAAAUUGGCGGAAUUCGAUCUAGACCAUUUGCUGUUUAUUAUGUUUAUGCACGAACGGAAUGCAGUUUCUUUGUCCCGUUCUGUAUUCGUUCCCUACAGUGAUUUGAAAGCCCGCGCCCGACGUUGGGAUGAGAAGCAGAUCAGCACUCUAAUGGCCAAACGGGAUGCACUUCAGGCAGAACUGAAAGAACAGUUAAAAAGAAAGCGGAAAGAGGCGGAAUUACGCACAAUUCAAUCCCAAAUCAAAGGUUUGGAUACACGAUUGAAGUACACACUAAAAGACAAGGAUAGUACGGAGGAAAAGCUGCGCAGUUCGGAUGAAGAGGAAAUGACACAAAUCGGUCGUGAAUUGGAAGAUGUAGAUGAACGUCUAGGUCGAUGUCAGACGAAGAUGCAAGAGUUACAAAUUUCUAUUAAUGCAGAGAAAGCCAAAAUGGAUACUGUCGAGGACACCGUGUUUCACGAUUUUUGCGUUCAGAUUGGGGUCGAUAAUAUUCGACAAUAUGAAGAUCGUGAAUUGCGCAUCGCUCGAGAACGCGAUCGUAAGCGUUUGGAAUUCACAAAUCAACUACAACGCAUCAACAAUCAAUUGGAAUACGAGCGUUCGAGGGACACUGAAGGUAAGCCAUCUGGUGUACGAUUUUCUAUCCGAUAA